AAGGAACAACAGCGACUGCUACUGAAUGGAAGAACUGGGUAGCAGUGUGCCAUGGGAUAGCAGACAUACUUUUCACUGUAAAUUCCUAGGUGCCUUUUUCAAUUUAAAGAAAUAAUUUUAUCUACUCAAAACCUACAUAAAUUUUUAACAUAUAAAAACAUAUGAUCUUUUUGACCAUUUGAAAAAUACGUUUCAUGAUGAAAACAGAAUCGCUGACGAAUAAGAUUCAAAUAUUUUAGCUGUUUCUUGCAUUUAAAGAAAAAGAUUUCUGAAAUAGAAAAACCAGGUUGCGGUUCCACACGGGGCCUCUGGGCGCCGCUGUCGGCCAGUGCAGGGCAAGCGCUGACGCCCAGGAUUGCUGAGCCUCUAGCCUGGGAUUUCCUGCGCAGCCAACACAGAGAAGGAAACCCGCUUACACACUGAGGCUCCUGGCGCCCCAGACUCUCCCCAGCACACACAGAUUCCCAGCCCCAAGACUGGGAGCUCCGCCUGUCCUGGGCCGAAUGCUUCCAGUGCAAUAGUGUGCACUUUCUCCAACUGGAAAGACUGGGACCCAGCGAGAACUGGAGCGCGCAAUGGGAGGGAGCUGCGCGCGGAGGCGCCCGGCCGGCCCGCGGAAGGUACUGUUUCCCUUCCUGCUGCCUUUGUUCUACCCCGCGCUCUCCGAACCGAUCCGCUACUCGAUUCCUGAGGAGCUGGCCAAGGGCUCGGUGGUCGGGAACCUCGCCAAGGAUCUAGGACUCAGUGUCCUGGAUGUGUCGGCUCGGAAGCUGCGAGUUAGCGCAGAGAAGCUGCUUUUCAGCGUAGACCCGGAGAGCGGGGAGCUACUUGUGAAGGACCGAAUAGACCGUGAGCAGAUAUGCAAAGAGAGAAGAAGAUGUGAAUUGCAGUUGGAAGCUGUGGUGGAAAAUCCUUUAAAUAUCUUUCAUAUCGUUGUGGUUGUUGAGGAUAUUAAUGACCACGCCCCUCAAUUCCAUAAAGAUGAAAUAAACUUAGAAAUCAGUGAGUCUGUCAGCCCGGGGAUGGGAACAAUUCUUGAGUGUGCAAAAGAUCCCGAUAUUAGUAUGAAUUCACUGAGCAAGUACCAACUAAGUCCUAACGAGUAUUUCUCGUUGGUGGUGAAAGACAAUCCCGAUGGUGGCAAAUAUCCAGAACUGGUAUUGAAGAAGACCCUGGACCGAGAAACGCAGAGCACUCAUCACUUGGUGCUGACAGCCUUAGACAGCGGGGAACCGCCGCGAAGCGGCACCACUCAAAUCCGAAUCCUGGUGGUGGAUGCCAACGAUAACCCCCCAGUGUUCAGCCAAGACGUGUACAGGGUCAGCCUUCCGGAAGACGUGCCCCCAGGCAGCUCGGUGUUGAAGGUGAGUGCCACAGACCAAGACGAAGGCUUCAACGCGGAGAUCACCUACUCAUUCCUUGGUGUGACUGAUAACGCCCAGCACGUGUUCUCUCUGGAUCCCGCUACAGGAAACAUUAUAACUCACCAACCCUUGGAUUUUGAAGAAGUAGAAAGAUAUACCAUGGGUGUAGAAGCAAAGGACCGAGGAUCCCUCUCUACACAGUGUAAAGUAAUUAUAGAAGUUCUAGACGAAAAUGACAACCUCCCAGAAAUAAUCAUCACUUCCCUCUCUGAUCAGAUUUUGGAGGAUUCUCGUCCCGGAAUGGUUGUGGCUCUCUUCAAAACACGGGACCGGGAUUCCAGGGAAAAUGGAGAAGUCACAUGCAAUUUAAGUAGAGAUGUUCCAUUUAAGAUUCAUUCUUCUUCUAAUAAUUACUACAAGCUUGUAACAGAUGGGGCCCUGGACAGGGAGCAGACCCCAGAGUAUAAUGUGACAAUCACAGCCACCGACAGGGGCAAGCCGCCCCUCUCCUCCAGCACUACCAUCACCCUGCACGUCACCGACGUCAACGACAACGCGCCGGUUUUCCGACAGUCAGCCUACUUGGUCCACGUGCCAGAAAACAACCCGCCCGGCGCCUCCAUCGCCCAAGUCAGCGCCUCAGAUCCCGACCUGGGACCCAACGGCCGCGUCUCCUACUCCAUCGUGGCCAGCGACCUGGAGCCGCGGGCGCUGUCGUCCUACGUGUCGGUGAGCGCGCAGAGCGGGGUGGUGUUCGCGCAGCGCUCCUUCGACCACGAGCAGCUGCGCGCCUUCGAGCUGACGCUGCAGGCCCGCGACCAGGGCUCGCCGGCGCUCAGCGCCAACGCGAGCCUGCGCGUGCUGGUGGGCGACCGCAACGACAACGCGCCAAGGGUGCUGUACCCGGCGCUGGGGCCCGACGGCUCGGCGCUCUUCGACACGGUGCCGCGCGCCGCGCAGCCCGGCUACCUGGUCACCAAGGUGGUGGCGGUGGACGCCGACUCGGGACACAAAGCCUGGCUGUCCUACCACGUGCUGCAGGGCGCGAGCCCCGGACUCUUCACCCUGGGGCUGCACACGGGCGAGGUGCGCACGGCGCGUGCUUUGGGCGACAGGGACGCGGCCCGCCAGCGCCUGCUGGUCGCCGUGCGGGACGGGGGACAGCCGCCCCUCUCGGCCACCGCCACGCUGCUCCUGGUCUUCGCAGACAGCCUACAAGAGGCACUGCCGGACCUCGGCGACCAUCCUGCACCCUCUGAGCCCCAGGCUGAGCUGCAGUUUUACCUGGUGGUGGCCUUGGCCUUGAUCUCUGUGCUCUUCCUGCUCGCGGUGAUUCUGGCCAUUGCCCUGCGCCUGCGACGCUCCUCCAGCCCCGCCACUGGGGGCUGCUUUGGGUCUGUUCUCUGCUCCAAAUCUGGACCCGAGAUUCCCCCCAACUACAGUGAGGGAACGUUGCCCUAUGCCUAUAACUUGUGUGUGCCUGGGGAUCAGACUAACCCAGAAUUUAAUUUUCUCACAUCUGUCGAUCAUUGUCCAGCCACACAAGAUAUUCUCAACAAAGAUAGCUCUUCAGUGCUGUUGGCUAGCAUUUUAACUCCAAGUAUCGAAGCAGAUAAGAAGACUUUUAAACAACAAGCCCCGCCCAACACGGACUGGCGUUUCUCUCAGGCCCAGAGACCUGGCACCAGCAGCUCCCAAAAUGGCGAUGAAACCGGUACCUGGCCCAACAACCAGUUUGACACAGAGAUGCUACAAGCCAUGAUCUUGGCCUCUGCCAGUGAAGCCGCUGAUGGGAGCUCCACCCUGGGAGGAGGUGCCGGCACCAUGGGCUUGAGUGCCCGCUAUGGGCCCCAGUUCACCCUGCAGCACGUGCCCGACUACCGCCAGAACGUCUACAUCCCUGGCAGCAAUGCCACACUGACCAACGCAGCUGGCAAGCGGGAUGGCAAGGCACCGGCCGGUGGCAAUGGCAACAAGAAGAAGUCGGGCAAGAAGGAGAAGAAAUAAUGUGGAGGCCAGACCCGGAGCCACAGGGCAGCCUCCCUCCCCAACCAGCCCAGCCUCUCCCUACCUGUACCCAGGCCUCGGAUUUUCAGGGCUCACCCCAGGAUACUGGUAGGGGCCCAGGCCAUGCUCCCCUUGGGAAACAGAAACAAGUGCCCAGUCAACACCCCCCUCUCUGCCCCCAGGGGAUUGAAUAUGCAAAGGGAGUUCUGCUGGGAACCCCUAUCCAAUCAAUUGCUGUGCCCAUGGGGGUAGUGGGGUUAGUGUAGACACCAUUUAUCACACCCCCUUUAGUUAUAGCUGAACUCCUCCAUCUUCCAGAUUCAAUCAGGCCCAUCCAUCCCCUGCCUCAUUCCUACGCAUCCCAGCCCACCCCACUCCUUCAACAGCUCCUCUCUGUUGAGUAAAGUGGUUGGGGUGUUGAGGUUCCAGGUGACCUAAAAAGGCUCAUAGUUCUGAAGAGUUGGAAGGGCAUCAUGACCUCCUGGCCUCUCCUUCAAUUCUCAAAUCCCCCCAAAGCAUGGUUUGGUGCCAGUCCCUUCACCUCCUUCCAGAGCCUGAGACUAAGCUCAAGUUUUGGGAAAUAUGGUCACCAUUUCCAUGGUACUGAUGCUUGCUGGAUUUAGGGAGGGCAUUUUGCUACCAUGCCUCUUCCCAAUGCCCUGGGGACCAGUCUUUUGUUUUGUUUUCCAUUGUUUGACGUUCCCACUGCAUGCUGUGACUUCCCUCUCCCCAAACAAGAGACUCCACUGCAUGUUCCAAGACAGUAUGAGAUGGUAAGAUAAAGAAGGGAAGGGUGUGUAUGUGGAUGGGGGAAUGGAUGAAGCUUGACCCAUCAGUUACUGGGUCUUGCAGGAGGCUCUGCAUGCCCCCAGGGUUCUGACCAGAUCCCCAAAUUCCAGCCAUAAACCAAGCACCAGGCUGGAUCCUCAUCCACCACAUGCAGGGCUCAGCCCAGACAGUCAGCUUUGUGCUGAGCUACCAGCACCAAUGGAUUUAAACUGGCAUUACAGUCCAAGGAAGCUCUGAGCAGGUUUGGGACCAGGUCCCCUGGAGAGGUCAGAGGGGCCUCUGUGGGUGCUGGGUACUCCAGAGGUGCCGCUGGUGGAAGGAAGGAUCAGUGUGGUCCCAGCAGGAAGGGAGGGCCCGCUAGGCCAUUCUUGGUCCCUGGGUUGGGGAGGCAAGGAGCUAGAGCAGGGACCAAGUGGACAGAAAGUCUCAGUCCAGGAUCAGGGCUUCUCCACGGGGCCCCUGCACUCCCCAAGCCUCGGUCCUUCACCUUGCCAGGUGCCAUUUCUUCUCUGUGAAGGCCACUGCCCAGGCCCCCAGUCCGCCCCCUAGUGGCCAGAGCCUGGUUAAAGUCCCCCAGUGCCUCCUUGUGCAUAGACCUUCCUUUGCUCACCCUCUUCUGCCCCGGAGUCCCGUUCAUCCAGCGGGGCUGCGCGAGAACCCCACCCCAGCCCUUACAGUAGCGUAGAGCACCCCCCCCCUCUUUCGGCUGGUGUAGAAUAGCCAAUAGUGUAGUGUGGUGUGCUUUUCCGUGAUGGCGAAUGGGCAGCGGGCGGCGUCCGCGCAGCCGUCUGUCCCGGAUUCCGCCUGCGGCGGCCUGUGCUGUGUUUUGUGCUGUGUCCACACGCUGCGGCGAUCCCCUCCCGCGUACUGACUCUUAUAAGCGCUUUUCUUCGCAUAGUCACGUAGUUCCCCACCCCACUCCUUUCCUGUCUCACGCAAGUUUUAUACUCUAAUAUUUAUAUGGCUUUUUUUCUUUGAAAAAAAUUAAAAAAUUUCUUCUGAAA